AUGCCGCGGAUGCUGCGCACGUACUCGCGGCGCGGCGGCUACCUCCGCGUUCUGCCGCAGCCCGACCGCUGGAUUUCGCCCCCUCAGGACCGCAGACGGCUCUUCAGCUCCUCCUCAGCCGCCUCCAGCGCUCUCUCCAGCGCCCUCUCCAGCGCCCCCUCCGCCACCUCGGACGACCCCGACUUCUCGCCGCCGAGGAAGCGCCGCCAGAAGCCGUUGGGUGAGCGCCACGCCCGCUCGCGGUACCUGCGGAGCCGGCGCGGGGCGGAGAAGGAGAACCUGCCCCCGGCCGCCCUCAGCUCCCCGUCGCCCUCCCCGCCGCCGCCCCGCCGCCGCCGCCGCCGCCGCCAGGGGUCGCCCGCCGCCGCCCGCCGCCCGCUGCUCUGCAGCACCCCGCACUGGGCGCCCCCCUGCGGCUCCGCUCGCCUUUCCCGCCGCGCCGCCGCGCCGCUCCCGGAGCUCAGCACCAGCGUGGAGGGCGGCUCGGUGCUGCACUGCAGCCCGGAGCUCUUCUCGUCUCACGACGCCUCUGUCGGCGGCGCCCUCGACUCGCCGGGGGCAUCGCGGGCCGGCUCGGAGCGGCCGUCGCCGCGCACGCGGAGCGGGAGGGACGACGGGGCAACGGGAGCGCCCCGAGCGGCAGCACCGAGCGAGAGCUCGGCGCCGGGGCUGCUCUCGCAAACGGCCCGCAGGGCUCUGAGGGCGUCCGUGCGGGAGCCUCUGCGCGGAGCCGCGGCAGCCGCUCCCGUCGACGGUGAACCGCAGCGCGGCGCCGCCGGCUCGGCAGGGCUCCGCGGCGAUGUGAAGGGCGAUGAGACGACGGGGAGCCCGGGCGGACGCGCGGACGCGGCCGAGCGGCGGCUGAUGCCGGUAGUGGUUUUGGAGCGAGGGGACGAGCUGCUGUGGCUGAGCGGCCGGAAGGCGGCGUCCCCGCUGGGCGGCCGAGGAGCCGCGAAGCACCGACGUAAAAGCGGCGAACUGAUCCCCGGGGAGGGCGGCACCUGCAGGAAAGCCUGCAUCAGCGGCUUCAGCGCCAGCCGCUGGGGGAGACAACCGCGGCUCCGUCCGCGUGGGUACAAAAAUAAGUGGCAGCAGCAGGCGGGAGCCUCCUUCGGGAGAGCGCAGUUGAGACGAAGAGGAAAGAAGAAGGGUGUGCAGAUGUCGGGAGGGACGCGGGACGCUGAGUGCUCGUUCCUCGAUAACUCCCACCGCUGGGGUAGAUUUCGAGCAUCUCUGUCGUUCCAUAAGAAAAAGAAGGUGAUCACAGAUGACAGUUCCUACGCCAGCAUCCUUUGUAAUCCCUUUGUGAAUCCCCAGCUUUCCGGGCACCAAGCAACCCUGUCUUCUAGUAAGGCUGAGAGCUACGCCUUGUCUGCUUCCUCCGUGAUCCUGCUGGCUCCCAUGAGUUCUUCAGCCUUAGAGAUCACGCUUACGGAUGCAGAAAAGGUGUUUAGGGAGUGCCAGCAGGAGGAACCUAUUGCUUUUGAGGAUUGCAUUCCCUUAGAUAAGAUGAAAAACUGCAAGAAAAUUGGAGAAGGGGUGUUUGGAGAGGUUUUCCAGAUCGACAGUGAGAGAGGACCUGUGGCCUUAAAAAUAAUUCCCAUUGAAGGAACUGAAAGGGUGAACGGUGAAGCUCAAAAGAGCUUUGGAGAGAUCCUGCCUGAAAUAAUAAUUUCAAAGGAACUCAGUCUUCUGUCUGAAGAGUCCAUGAAUAGGACCGUAGGGUUCAUCAGCUUGUACUCUGUGCACUGUGUUCAAGGGGCUUACCCUAAAUACCUCCUAAAAGCCUGGGACGCAUACAACAAGGCAACAGGAUCCGAAAAUGAUCGGCCAGACCUGUUUGGAGAAGAGCAACUCUUCAUUGUUCUGGAGUUUGAAUUUGGAGGCAGUGAUUUGGAGAACAUGAGAAAGAAACUGAGUUCUGUGGCUUCAGCAAAAAGCAUUCUGCACCAGGUGACUGCUUCACUGGCUGUGGCAGAACAGGAACUGCACUUUGAGCACAGAGACUUGCACUGGGGGAACGUGCUGGUCAAGAAAACAGAUGCAAAGGAGCUUAGCUAUGUGUUGAAUGGGACUACGUGCACAAUCCCCACAGCAGGGAUCCAUGUCAACAUCAUAGAUUACACCUUGUCUAGGCUGGAGAAAGAUGGGUUAACUGUCUUCUGCGACCUUUCCACUGAUGAAGAGCUGUUUCAAGGCACAGGGGACUACCAGUUUGAUAUCUACAGGCAAAUGAAAGCGGAGAACUCCAACGGCUGGACUGACUAUCAUCCACACAGCAAUGUCCUCUGGCUCCACUACUUGACAGAUAAACUUUUGAAGGAUGUAGUGUACAAGAAAAAGGAAUCAUCUUCUGCCAUGAGAAAAAUAAAGCAGCAGCUCACAAAGUUUCAUAAAGAAGUACUGACUUUUGGGUCUGCCAGUGAAGUUUUAGGCACCAGCAGCCUCUUCCAAUGAGUAAGGGAGUGCAGGGUUUCCAAGAACUGAUGCUGCCCUUCUCCUUUGCUGUCUUUAAUGAAUGGUCGAUUAAAUGUUAGCAGAAUGAAGUGUUAACAUCAGUUAGCAAUGUGAAUGGUAAACUAUCAAAAAUGUGUAAAAAAAACCACACAAAAAGUCUUCUGCUCUAGCACGUUUCCAUAUGUGCUCUCUUUGAGGGGUGAGGGUGGAAAGGAAAUGGAUUCGACCUUGCAGAGGAGGGGAAGCAGAUGCCUUCAGGCCCAGUUCAUGUUUUGAAUUCCACUUAGGUUAUUAAAAGUUCUUUCCUCAUUCUAUCGAUUUUCUUACCAAGUUCUUUGCUUAAAAACAAAAUCAACCAAUCAAACAAACGAACCCCACGAUGCUGCAGACAGGUGAGCGCUGGUAGCCCAGCCACAGAAAGGGGAGGAAGGCACUUUUAGUUUUGUAAACGACCUUUUGUUCAUUUUGGCACAGCUUGUGCUUGGUGUGAGGCCACAAAAGGUAAAUUUCCCAAAGUUUCUGUAGUUGUGUUUUUAAAAACACUAAUCUGCAAUAAUACAUUUUUUUCCCCUCUCAGUGAGGACCGCUGUUAAUGUGAUCACAUACUGUGUUAUUUUAAAAAGCACCCGUGCUCCUGAUACAUGUUUGACAGCUCUGACCUUGUAUGCUGACAGGAUCCCAAAGCUGUGACCUGGUAGCAUUAAAGUGAUUUUCUCCAUUUAUCUAGAGGAGAAAAUGCACAGGGGGUUCUUCAGCCUUCAUGGCAGCUGGGUGAGACAAACUAAAGCUGAAGGUAUACUUGCAUCAAACUUGAAUUCUUUGUUUUCAAGAAGUCCUAGGCUAACAUUCCUGUACAUCAAAGAAACUGGCCUGCAGAGGAAGAUAAAUCAAUCCAAGUGAACAUUCAAUGUAAUUAUUAUUGAAAAUUAGUACACCCAGUGACCCAGGUGUAUGAAGGAAUGGAGAGGAAAAACCUCCCCAUCUUCAAGGCUCUUACUUUUGCUAUCUUAAGCUACAGAAAGCAACCUGACAAUCUGC